AUGGCACCGUACCGCAUGGCACUGGCAGAGCUUGAUGAGCUGAAGGCUCAACUGGAUGAUUUGAAAGGAACGGAUGAUUUGACCAUGCUCCACAUAAUUGAACUUGCAGAGGUGUUUGUACCACUUGACGAAGUUGUAACCUUCUUGCCACCUUUUGUGAUGGUAUUGAUGUUGUCCGUCAUGACCGCGAUAUCUUUGGUGGAACGAAGAAUAUGCAAUAUUAUACAUCUUGCAUUUAAAGAAAAUAGCAAAAUUGGUUAUAAUUACUUCUUCAUCUCUUCGAUCUCAAUGGCUAUUUUCUAUGAAUUACUACUACUUGGCGUAUUGUUGCCUAUCAUACACAAUGCAGGUGCACAAUCCAUAGGUGUUUGCAAUGGACGACUUGGCAACAAUUUGCCAUCGGAGCAGGAAACUGUGGACUUAUACAAAUCCAAUGGCAUUGGAAGGAUGCGAAUAUACGAUCCAAACCAAGCAACUCUGCAGGCACUCAGAGGAUCCAACAUAGAACUCAUUCUCGAUGUUCCGAACGGGAAACUUCAAGAGCUUGCAUCCGAUGCUUCAGCUGCAACUCAAUGGGUCCAGAUGAAUGUACAAGCUUACUCUCCCGAUGUAAAGUUCCGAUACAUUUCUGUGGGAAAUGAAGUAGAUCCCAACACUGAAAAUGCUCAGUAUGUUCCGUUCGUUCUCCCCGCCAUGAAAAACGUCCACAGUGCGAUUGUAGCAGCCGGACUACAAGACCAAAUCAAGGUUUCGACAGCAACGUACUCCGGACUUUUGGGCACCUCUUACCCUCCAUCAAAUGGGGCAUUCCAAGACAACGCAAGGUCAUUCAUGGAGCCAAUCAUCAGCUUCCUUGCUAGCAAUACUGCCCCAUUACUUGCCAACAUAUACCCUUACUUUGCCUAUAUUGAUAAACCCCAAGACAUUCAGCUUCCUUAUGCCUUAUUUACUGCACCAGGAGUAGUUGUAACCGACGGUUCAUUAGGAUAUCAAAACCUUUUUGAUGCAUUGUUGGAUGCCAUGUACACUGCCGUUGAGAAGGUAGGUGGACAUAAUUUGGAGAUUGUGGUGUCGGAGAGUGGCUGGCCGUCUGAGGCUGGCACUGCAGCAAGUGUGGAGAAUGCAAGCACUUACUACAGAAAUUUGAUUAAUCAUGUCAAGGGUGGGACUCCAAAGAAGCCAGACAGGGCUAUACAAACCUUCUUGUUCGCCAUGUUUGACGAGAACCAAAAGCCUGGGAAGGAAACGGAGAAACAUUUUGGCCUGUUCAGUCCUAAUAAGCAGCCUAAAUACCAAAUUGCUUUCAGUUAAAAUACUGAUGAAUAUGAAAAAUGAAGGAAAAUUUAAAGUAGCGAGCUAAAUUAUAUAUAUAUAUAUACAUAUGUAUCGAUGAAUAAGAAUGGCUUGUGCUUAUAUAGCUUGAACAUUGUUUACCUGGAAAGAGAAUGUCUUGGGUAAGGCAUGCCUGUGAUCUCUAUUCUAUCUUAUCAAUUAAUUUUCGUCUUUCUGUUUGUUUAUUUAAGGAAGCUAUGUAAUAUAAGAUUUGUAUGGAGGAGCAAAAAUUAAUAAAAGAGACAUUUUAAUUUUACA